AUGGAGGAAAGCAUGGUCGAAAGAAUGUGGUACGAUGACGAAUUUGAGAGAGUAUCAUCAGAUGCUACCGGAAGCUGCAAUUUGAUGGAGGUUCCUAUGGUGGGAAAGGAGCUUACAUGGAUUGGUCAUAAAAGACGUAAAUUAGACAGAUUUCUUGUGGAAGAAAACUGGUAUAAUUCUCAUUCUGAUCUAAAGGUUAUUGGUUUUAGGCGCACAAUUUUGGAUCAUAUCCCAAUUAUGAUGGCUAAUACUUGUGUGAAUUUGGGGCCUCGUCCCUUUAAAAUGAUAAACGUCUGGCUGUCGAAAGUAGACUGCAUUGACCUUAUUCAAAAGGAGCUAUCAAUCUCUAGCAAGAAUGAGUUGAAUCUUCCAGAUAAGCUAAAAAGAGUGAAAUAUGCAUUAAAAAAUUGGAAUAAGGAGUCUUGUGGAGAUCUCAAUAAAAGUGUUGAAGGGCUAAUUAAAAGAAUCAAUGAGCUGGAGGAUUCAGGAAGAUCGAGAGUUAUCAACUAUGAGAUCCAUGAGGAACGUUUAAAUUGCAAAAUUCAACUAUGGGAUUCAUUGAGAGCACAGGAAUAUCUAUGGAGACAAAAGUUGAGAAUUAGCUGGUUAAAGGAAGGGGAUAGGAAUUCGUCUUUCUUCCAUAGGGUGGUCAAAUUUCGAGCAAAAAAAGGGAUGAUCUGA